CUCCGCGAUCCUGGCGAGCUGGGCCGGUGGCCGCUGCCUGCCCGCCGGGGAGGAGGGGAUGUCUCCGGUUAGGAGUGGCGGGAAGCGGCCGGGCCGGUGGCAUUUUGGUCUGGAAGAUGACACGCGGCACAAUUCCCUUCUUUGCUGGCAGCCGACUCGUGGGCCAAGAAGUAUGACACAAGUUUGAUGUUUGUGUCUGCUUCCCCAAGGUCAAGGAAUCAUCUCCUUAGAAGGCAACAGGACUAUGCAUGUUAUGAAUUGUGUCUCCCUGGCCAGCGAUAAGGAAAAUGGAACUCUUGCCACAGCGGCUGCGUUCAUGACUGGGCAGACGUCACCCCCAGCAUCUCCUCCACCUCCUCCUCCGCCCCCUCCGCCUCUGCCAUGUCCCCAUUCAGGGGAGGGCUUCCCUCCCUCCCCCUCCCCGUCGCCUCCCCUGCCACCCCCACUUCCCGGAGGAGCUCCUGCCCCCCCGCCCCCUCCCGGACUGCCCCCAGCUUCUCACACCAAUGGCUACAGCACCCUGGGUAAGAAGAAACGGAUGCGCAGUUUUUUCUGGAAAACCAUCCCAGAGGAGCAAGUGCGGGGCAAGACCAACAUCUGGACCCUGGCGGCCAGGCAGCAGCGUCACUACCGCAUCGACACGAAGAGCAUCGAGGAGCUUUUCGGGCAGCAAGAAGACCCCGCCAAGGCUUCCUUCCCCAGGCGAGGAGGGUCUUUCAGUUCGUCCUUCAGGGAUGCUCGGGACGAGAUUACUGUCUUGGAUGCAAAGCGAGGCAUGAACAUUGGGAUAUUUCUUAAGCAGUUUAAAAAGUCUCCUCGGUCCAUUGUGGAAGACAUUCACCAAGGGAAGAGUGAGCAUUAUGGAUCAGAGACGUUGCGGGAAAUCCUGAAGCUUUUACCAGAGGCGGAAGAGGUGAAGAAGUUAAAAACAUUUAGUGGUGAUGUGUCCAAGCUGUCACUGGCUGACUCCUUUCUGCACAGCUUAAUCCAGGUUCCAAACUAUUCACUUCGGAUCGAAGCCAUGCUACUAAAGAAGGAAUUUUUGUCUUCAUGCUCUUCGCUGUACACAGACAUAACAAUUUUAAGAACUGCGACAAAAGAGCUGAUGUCCUGUGAAGAGCUGCACUCAAUAUUACACUUGGUGCUCCAGGCCGGGAACAUUAUGAAUGCCGGAGGGUAUGCUGGCAAUGCGGUCGGAUUUAAAUUAUCUUCUUUGCUCAAAUUGGCAGACACCAAAGCAAACAAACCUGGCAUGAAUCUUUUGCAUUUUGUUGCACAGGAAGCCCAGAAGCAUGACGCUGUCCUCCUGAACUUUUCUGAAAAGUUGCAUCACGUGCAGGAGGCUGCGAGAUUGUCUCUGGAUAACACCGACGCGGAGCUACACUCGCUGGUGGUCAGGACGAGGUCGCUGCAGGAGAGCAUCCAGCGGGACGGAGAGCUGUCUCAGCAGAUGGAAGACUUCCUUCAGUUUGCCAUGGAAAAGCUGAUGGAACUGGAGGUCUGGGAGCGGGAGCUCCAGGGUGAGGCCCACGCCCUUAUAGAUUUUUUCUGCGAAGACAAAGAGACUAUGAAAUUAGAUGAAUGCUUCCAAAUCUUCAGGGACUUCUGCAUCAGGUUCAACAAAGCAGUCAAGGACAACCAGGACCGGCAGGUGCAGGAGCUGAGGCAGCUGCAGAGGCUGAAGGAGUUGGAACAGAAGAGGCGUUCCUGGGCGGCGGGGGAGCUUGGGGCCUUUGGCAGGAGCAGCAGUGAGAAUGACGUGGAGCUGCUCUCUCAGAAGGGCACCGAGGAGCUGCCAUCUUUUUUGCACCCCAGGCCCAUCAGCCCCUCCAACCGGCCCCCCAACACCCGUCGCUCACGCCUCUCCCUGGGCAUGUCUGCCGACCGAGAGCUGCUGACUUUCCUGGAGAGCGCCACUGGCAGCCCCGAGGACCCCGAAAAGUUCAACAGCUUGCCCCGGCAGGCCAGGCACACCAUCGCCUGGGUGGCGCCCAGAGAACAUCGCAGCCAUGACCCUAACUUUGCGCACGCACCUCAGGCUUUGGAGAGCCAGGUGGCAGCGCCCCACCCUGCUGGCCAGAACCAGCUUCCGGUGCCCCAGCAGGAAGAACCCGUGUCAGUUUCCCCCCGGACCAGGCGUGACGGAGUGAGGGUCCUCCGCAAGAGGAACAGUGAACCUGUUGGCUUGGGUCCCUCCUGGACCCGUCCACUGUCCCCGCUGGCCUUGGGCAUUAAGGAGCACGAACUGGUGUCAGGGCUGGCCCAGUUUGACCUUCAGAGUUCCAAGUGCCCUCCAGAGACAUCCCACGUGGCCCUAAGUGACCUCAGCCGCAAGGAGCUAGAGUCUCCAGGUGAUGGGGACACGCUGUCCCUCGGUGUAGCAAGUGACAGCCGGACGCCCACAGCCUCCCAGGAGGCACCAGUAAGCGCAGCGUUGGAGGAUGACAGCGUCGCCCCCGAGGAGCCCAGCGGCGGGGCGCUGGUGUCUGCGGGUGGCAGCGACCCCGAGGAUAGCGAUCAUGGGCCUACGCUGAAUGUGUCGGACGCUACCGACUGCUCCCUGACCCUGGACUGCUCGGAGGACACCGACUCCAGGACUGGGGGCGCGCAGCCUGAGGAAGAGAGCCCGGGGGACGGCUCCGUGUCCCCCGGAGCUGGAGACACGGGCAGCAGCGAGGUGUCCUCCAACCCUGCGCCCAGUCCCCCUGGGGAGGCGCCUCACUCCGUCUCCGGGAAGGGUGACCCCGGCUGCUGCGAGGGCGCACUACCCAGAGACAGACCCAGCAAAGGGAGAGAUGCCCCGGGGCCCAAGAGAAACUCCCUCAAAGAGUCCUCUCCGGGGUCCGCGAAGCCCGGGAGCGCUCGCCGCAGCCAGGGCCCAGCAUCCAAGCCCGUCCGCACCUUGACCUCCUCGGAAAACGAGAGCAUGCGCAAGGUGGUGCCCAUCUCCAAGGCCAGCAGGGGCGCGGGGGGCUGGAAGCGGCCGGAGCCAUCCGUUAGAGGGGCGCCCCGGGAAGCCCCCGGUGGCCCAGACCCGCUACUGGCACGCAGGAGCUCCGUGCGGGGCACCUCGGACACGUCGCCCAAGAGGCAGCCCUUGGGAGCCGGGCCGGUGGCCGAGGAACCAAGGGUGCCCAGGGGCGGCGCGAAGCUGGGGAGGGAGCCCACGCCGGGCCACAGGGUCUCGCUCAAGAAGCCCAGUGCCAAGCCCCUGCGGAACAUGCCCAGACAGAAGGCCGAGGAGAUCAAGGCCUGCCACCCGGACCCCCAGGACCCCGAGAGCCUGCCGGAAGAGCUCAAGGCCCCAGCAGCCCCCAGCGUCCCUCGGGUCCCGCCCCCGAUCCCGAGCUUUGCCCGGAACACGGUGGCCUCUUCAUCUCGGUGCCUGCGAACGGAUUCUCCUCAGGUCACUAAAGCCCCUGGCAUCACGAGGACAGUCUCCCAGCGACAACUGAGGGUCAAGGGUGGUCCUGAGGAUGUUGCCUCCAAGGACGGUGGUACCCUGAAGCGGGCCAGUAGUGCCCGGUCCCCCAAGAAGGGUCCAGAAUCGGCAGAGGGUCCCAGUGCCAACGUAGAGACUUUGGCGAAGGGCAGAGGGUCAGCAGAAAGGGCCUCCCUCCGACUGAAGGACUCGGGACGGGCCACACUGGGGAGAAUCCUCCAUCCAUUGAGGAAGUGAUGAAGCCCAUUUCUGCCUUCUGGGACUCACAUGGGGAGGACGGACUGGGUGAGGAUGCAAGAGGUCAACCUCAGGGUCUUGUUACACAUCAAGCAAUCCAUUGCAAAUCGUAGCGUCACUAAAGGUACAAGCUGGAGGCCUGGGGCCUGCAGCUCUUUGUGUGAACUCCUGCUGCAAGAUGAAUCUGGAAGCUUCUAUUCACACUUGUGCCGCCACCAGGGACCCUAACCCUGGCUCCUGCCCCCUGAGACAAAGGUCCUGUGAUAAAUUGGACAUUAACAUGCCAUUCUUAGGUAACAAGUGAAAAAAAAAAAAAACAACUUUUUUUUCUGGCCAGUUUUUAUAUAGAUCAAAGACAUAUUUUUUAAUAUAAAAAUAAAAUAUUUUAGGUGGUUCUUUUUGUAGAGUGAAAUGCAUCCCAGGGAGAAAAAAAUAUAUAUAUAUAUAUAUAUAUCUUUAAUAUGAAGACAUCUGUACCUUCCUGUGUUCCUUAGCUUCAAGGUUUUGCUGGCCCAUACAACAUCCCAAGCCACCCACUGGCUGCUCACAAGCCCUUGGGUGCUGCAGAUUGCAACUGUCUGCUGAGGACUUUUGGGCUCUGCUCAUUCCUCAUGUGACUCUGGGUCAGGGCUUCAAGUGAACAGGAGGGAUGUCAGAGUAAGGUGGACAGAAUUCAGCUGUUUCUGUGUUCUUGAGGCCCCCGAAAGGACGUCAGUCGGGUAGGUUGAUUCCCUGGCAAGGCUUGCUGUCCCAGUGAGGGCGCUGUAUUUUAGGGGGCACUGUAUUUUAGAGGGCACAUGUCAGCCAAGCAGUCAGCUCUCCUUUCCCAGUUGUGUGCCUGUUAUAAAGGCAAGACACACGGCCACUCCUACAUGUGUUCUCUGUGGUCGAAAGGGAAAACCAGACUUCGAUCUCCCAGGCUUCCUCCCCUCUGGCUGUCCACUGUAGCCCUCCUUUUCAGAUGUCACCUGGAGCUGAGUGCCAUUUGUUUUUGACUCUCUAUGUAUUCCAGGUUGACCUCUAUCUGUGGUCCUCCUGCCUCAGCCUCUUGAGUGCUGGGAUGACAGGUGAGUGCCACCACACCCAGCUUCCGUCAGACUUCUAAACGUUUACUUCUCUUCCUUGGCACAGUGCUUUUUAAUUAAAAAAAAAAAAAAUCAAGGUCAGUUGCUUUGUUUUAAGCAGAUGACAAACUAAAAAAAAAAAACCUGAUUUCAGGGAAAAAAAAAUUAUCAGAAAAAUUUGAGAGAAACAUCAGAUUUCAUUCAAAAGACUAGUUGUUACCCAAUGCUCAUUUGACUGCUUCUCUCUGGGACCAGGGAAAUGGAGGAAUUCUGAAAAUCUUUUUUUUUUUUUUAAAGGCCCUCGGCUCACUUUGGCUCCCUUGUUAGUGAAGCUGUACUUUAGGCUGAGCAGACCUCGGCAGAUGCGUAUAGGAUGCAUCGGUGGUGGAUCAUGUUACAGCUCCCUGCUGCAGAGUUGCUGCCUUGUGUUCUUUAGCCACAAGCCCUGAGAAAGUCAGCUUCGGUAGGGAAACGGGAGGAUGGAAGAAGUUACAGCCCUGACCUCUUGUGAAAACACCUUGAGCAGGUGUGUGCCUGGGCUGCUCAAGGUGUGUCCUGUGCAGUUUUUCACCAUCUCCAAAAGACGGUAAAUGAAACCAUCCCAAACUCAGGGCCCAUGGGAACUGGAUGAAAGAGGUCUUGAACUCAUGGGUAAGGGAAGAGCAGAGGCCCUUGGGGAGUCCCCGGGGGGCCCAGUUCUUUCUGUGUUCCCAUGCUCCGUGGCCUUGCUAAGUCAUUGCCUGCCUGUAAGCAUCUGUCUUCCAGUCCACAGCAGGGACGUAGUCUCUAUGAUGGUCUCUAAGGGUCCGGGUCCAUCUCCCCUGGAUCAUCUUCUCAGUCCCUCCCCACAGCAGGGGCCAAAGCUUAAAAGGCUGCUCAGGAGAAAUUUUGGUGCUGUCAGAUCGACUUGGCUGGGUGACCUGAAAAGGGGUGGCGUCCCCAGCCCCGCGCAUCUGUGUGAGCAGGUGGUCACUCUGCUAUUACCUUUUAUUGGUAGUAAGUUUGGAAAAAAUAAUGUAUGCAAUGGAGAAAUGUAAAUAUAUGUUUCUACAUAAAUUUGUUGAAGAUGAGCUGAAUGUAUUUAAAGGUCCAUUUAUAUGUGCUUUGAUGGAACAGGUAGGUUAAUAAAGUUCCUGAUCACAGGA